UGUCAAUUGAUUGUAAUAAGAUCUGGAUCCUGCGUUUUGACUCAUAAGACGCAAGACAUGCUGUUGAUAAAAAUAGUGGAGUGCGCGCAUACCUUGAUCACAGCAGCAUCGCGCGCUUAUUUGUGUCAUCUUAAUGUUACGCGGCGCGGUCUCGAAUGUCCAACAAGAACAGCAAUAGAAGAUCUACAUUUUGUUGAUUAUGGUUGAGGUGGAUUUUUUAUUCCCUGCCCUUGAUUUUAUGCUCUGGAUCGUUUACUGUUUAUAAUAAGGUCUGUUUUUCUCACACAAUCAGUUGUUUGCUGAAAUUAUUUUGACUUAGAGAAUGUUAGAGACAUUUUGAUUAUAACCCACAAGCAACUAUUUUCCCCAGCUUUACUGAGCGUCGCCCUGUCUUCACGCAGGUAAAUGGCUUGACGUGUUUAACGGCAGCACUGUUUUGACGGCUUACUUCAGCUGUUAGAGCAACACGCAGCAGUAGUAAAGGUGUAGUCGUCUCGCUCCCUGAUGUCACGCCCCGCCCCGCCCCUUCAGUGCUCAUACAUAUGCCGGGGCUCAGGAACGGAGGAAGGCAAAGCUCGACGUUACUACCGAAAGCACGCUUGCACACGGGUGUCAUUCCAUGCAACAUACUGUACACUCACCCCCUCCUACCCAUCGUCUUUCAAAACACAUUUUUGCGGACGCUCUUUCCAUCGCAUCCCCGGGUUUAUGGCCGCUACACUUCUUACGAUGAGCUCCUCGCUCGCGCCGGGACAGGAUGAGUUUCUCUCAUUUCUCAAACCCUCACUAUCCGACGGCUUUCAGGAGGACUCCUCUCUGUAUUCCUUUGAAUUCAAGAAUCCCGACACCGAAAGGGGCUUAUCUGGCGACUACUCUCAGGCUAAAUUAGAGAUGGAUAAAUAUCUAUCUCCACAACCUGUGGCUCUCCCAGAGCCAAAGAAAUCACGGCGAGACAGUGCUUCUGUAGUGGACCACUAUUUCGGGGAUGACCAAGGUUCCCCAUACAGCAUCAACAUGAAUGUCUACCUGCCUGACAUCGCGUAUUUAAGAACCGGGCUGUGCCGGCCGACACGACAUUCAGUCCCCAACCAGAUCAAAACUGAACCUGUGACAGUGCGUUUUUCUCAUCCAGAGUGCCCGGUAAGCACAAAUGGUCCAUCUCCGCCAACGUUACCAGAAUUCACCAGCAUCUUUAAUUCGAAUUCCAGUCCGGGGUCUGGAAUCAACACGGUGGAUGACAAUAGCUGUGUCUUUAUCAAGCAGGAGAUGCAAGGUUUUGACAUCCCACAGGAUGGGCCUCUCUUUCAGCUCCUCAAUUCAGAGCUGGAUAUCCCCCAUCAAGCUGUCACAGACUCUCACUCCCACCCUCAUGCUCAGUCUAUGCACACACAGAUGCCCACUUUCCACGACCUGCACUUAGCAGCACAACAGACUUCUGCUAAGCCAUACUGUGGCAUGCCAGCCACCGGGUACCCUCUCGGCCACGGUCACUUUGUUCACCCCCAGGGUCAGGGCCACUCGCAUCUCAAAAUGCCUUACCUUCCUCCCUCACCGCCCACUUCAGAACCAGGCAGUCCUGACAGACAGAAGGAACUGCUUCACAAUCUGACACCACCGCCAUCUUACGCCGCCACUAUCGCUUCCAAAAUGGCCGUCAGCGCACCCAGUCAUCCGACCCCCACCUCAACACGAGGUCCUGCAACCACCGGGUCCAUGCCUGUCCGAUACAACCGAAGGACAAACCCAGACCUCGAAAAGAGAAGGAUACACCACUGUGAUUUUCCAGGUUGUAAGAAAGUUUACACCAAGUCGUCCCAUCUAAAAGCUCACUUGAGGACACACACUGGUGAGAAGCCAUACAGGUGCACAUGGGAGGGCUGUGACUGGCGGUUCGCUCGUUCCGAUGAACUGACACGUCACUUCAGAAAGCACACGGGAGCCAAACCCUUCCAGUGUGCCGUUUGCAGCCGAAGCUUCUCUCGCUCCGAUCAUCUCGCUCUGCAUAUGAAGAGGCACCAGAAUUAAACACAGAAGCCCACACACAAGCACACAGACACUAACUGAGAAACACAUACUUCUUAAUAUGCACUUGAAGUAAACUUAUAUCUUUGUCCAUGCCAUGACGAACCUUAUAAUGUUUGGGGGAAAUCUUAUUCUCGGAUUUGACGAAACAAGUUGUCGACGAUAAAACAUUUUUUUUAUAUUACCAUGAAAUCCAAAGUCGUUGCUAGUAGCUGCAAAUGCCAUAGUUUUCAUUUACAGCACCUCAUUCAUUUUUUAAUUCUCUUCGAUGCAAAUAAGCUGUCUUGUACAUGAACCUGCCUGCCUUCUCAGCUUCUGAUGUAAAAAAGACUUCAAUGGAAGAAAUAAGACUGCAGUUACUGAGCGUAGUUUUAAACAUUUUAAAACGGAGCUGUAAAAUAUACAGAAUUUGUGAGAUCAUGUACAUACAUCUACAAAGCACUAAGCCAUCUCCCUUUUUACUUUGCACUUGAAUUUGACUGGAAAAUAUGUAUAUGUGUGAUAAAUGCUUUUAAUAUAUAUCACUGGAAUAGUUACUGUUCAAACAGGACUUUUUGAUUCCAUCUUCAGGCUGCCUCAGUUGCUGAAGUAUUUAUAGCUUUGGAUGAUAAUGUGCUGCUACUGAACAGCUAUUAUUUCUUGAAUUAUUAAACAAUGGUAUAGAAAAGAAAUGAGAAGUGGACAGGGCUUCAGACAGCUUUGUGAUUUGGACAGUCUUCUUUAUACAUAAGCAUGCCGACCCAUUUGUUUUCCAAUUGUCAUUGAUGCAUAAGCUCAUAUGAAUGUACGAGACCACAGUGACUGUUCUUUUGAAGUAAAGCCUUUGGAACACAUUUCAUCUUAAAGUGCCUUUUGACAUUUGUUUUUAUCAGCAGUACACACUAAAACUGCUCUGUUUUUCAAAAAGCGACAGAUCAUUCGGAGAGUCAUCAUUAUUUCACUAUUACAGCAAUUCAGGCAUUUGACAAAAAAAGAGGGUUUGGUUUUCCCCACGAUCUUACUUGUAAAAAUAUCAAUGUAUUUAUUGCAUUGGCCUUGUGAAGUGGAAUUUGACAAGUUUUGUGUAAUUGAAAUGCCUUAAUGUAAAUACUAUGACAUUGUAAAUAUUAUUUUAGGUUUAUUUUGUUGCUCUAUUCUAUUUGUGGGUCCUUGCCGUGUGAUAUUCGGUUUUGAUUUUUUUAUAUAUAUUUUCAUCUAAACUUAUUUUGUAGAUUUCCAGAUUAUUUCUCAAUUGGUUGUCCUCAUAAAAAUGUUUUGUCUAAUGAUUAAAAUGAAAUCUAAUAAAAUCAACUUUAUACAAACUGAA